AGAAGUUGGUAUUUUCCCUCCUCUCUCUCUCUCUCUCUCUGUGUCUGUUAUAGGAAUCCAUUCUCUCUCUUCUUAUCAUAAAAGCCAGAUUCUGUUAAUGAAAUAGGAAAUUAGAUUCCGGGAACUCAAAACUGCUCCGAUCUUCCCACCCUCUGUGGGAUUUCUCUCUAAUCCAUGGGUCUAUUUAGAAGAAGCUUAUCCACUCUCUCUCCCUAUCACACUCCAAUUACCCUUCUUUACUACCUAUAAACCAAGCCUUCUCCCGCCUCUCUCUUCUACGAAACCCUAACCCCAUUGUAAGAGAAACAUCCCUCUUCUCCAAUCCUACCCCAACCUCUUCGAUUCUGUCGUUGGAAAGUGGUAACUGUUUCACCCGUCGGCUAUCUGCAUCACAGUGUAUUGUCCUAUCAUCUAUCUCUCGGAAAAAGGCCCCAGUACAAGAUCAAGGUGGUUACUUUCUCAGAAGUAGUCCAUGGCAAAAGCAACCAAUGAAACAUGUGGGGAGACAGUCAAUCAGGACCAGUCAGAAACUAGAGGAUAUUGGUAUCUAUUAGUUACUUGUACAUCUGCAUUCUAUCACUUAUACCAGUAUCUUUACAGGCAAAAGAACAUUUGCUUCUCUAUUUUCCAUCAAAAAAGAAAUGAAGAAUCACCUUGGUCUGAUGAUCUUCCAGAGGAGGUUUUGGGUUUGAUAAAAUUGCGUCUCUUUGGGCAGGAGUACUGCUCUUUUUGUGCUGUUUGUAGAACAUGGUGAUCCAAGGGCAAUCCAUUCCCACUACAUAUUACUCCAAUCUCAUAGAAAUUCCAGCAGGACCAUCUGAUUCAAGAAUAUGCUCCUCAAGCGAUAGUUGGCUCCUUAUGUGGCAAUAUUCAAGGCGAGUGUUCUUUCUCAAUCCCUUCAAUAAGACUAAGAUUGAACUCCCGGAUUUUCCACGCCAAGAAUGGGAUUUAUUACCAGAAAUGAAAAAAUGUUCGUACCACAUGCCAGCAUUCUCAUUCUCAUCCGCACCAACCUCUUCGAAUUUUAUAGUCUUUGGCAUCGCAAGAUCACAUUGGGCUGAAGAAGUUUCUAUUUGCAUAAUCCGUCACGGGGAAGCAAGCUGGGCUAUUCACAAGUGUAUAGCCAAUAAUCUACCAUUCAUGCUAUCUAAUGCCAAUCCAGUAUUCCAUAAUGGGCUUGUUUACUGCCUUGGUGAAGAUGGAAAUCUUGGAGUUUUUGAUCCACACAAGGAUGAUGAUAGAAGGGAAGAAUGCAAUUGGACUGUCCUCGAUCGUCCCCAUACACCAUCUUUUGUUUUAACCAUUCCAGAUGGCAACCGUUUCUUGGUCCAAUGUAAUGGUAAUCUCUUCUUAGUGUUUCAAGGUCACAUGGGAAAGGGUGUCUCCGUAUUCAGUCUGGAUCAUCAAACGAUGAUCGGGAAUCAAGCCCAAGAUUUAGAAGAUCACAUGUUAUUCCUUACAAGUCACACUUCGCUCUCGGUAGGAAUGGUCAAGGCAUUCGACGGAAUGGGUGACAAGAUCUACUUCCCCAUAUUCCCCAUUUCUUCUUGUGAUAGUAGUAGUAACAGAGGAGGCAUGAUCAAUUCCUGUUCCUGUGUCUUCUAUUCUCUUAAGUACUGAAAUGUACCAUUCUUUUGGCACUAGUCAUUCAAGCCUAGACAUAUGUGGAAUGAAAAUUCGGAGAAAUUGUGCUUGGAUUGAA